UGCAUGUAUGAGCAUGCUCAUACUGCGCGGGCUGUCUCUCUGCCUGCAAAAACAGUCAGUCAGUCCCAUUGAUAGCAAGGACAAUUCAAAAGGACAUCAUAACCAGAUUGGUGAAUUCCUGUUCUUAGUUUUCUGCAUUUUCUACAGAAAAAGUGACCAUGAAGAUUGCAGCGUUUAAUGUGAAGAACCUCGGAAUGAAAAAAGUCAAUAAUGACAAUAUACUGAAAAACCUUAUCAAGAUUGUGUCCCGGUACAGUUUGGUGGUGAUGCAGGAAGUUCAGGACCCCACUGGCAAUGCGAUGAAAAAGUUUCUCACGGAGCUCAAUAAAUAUGGAAAAAACAAAUAUCAUCCAUUUGAGAUGCUGAGCAGUGAACCAAUAGGACGAAACUCUCGCAAGGAGCAGUUUGUCUUCUUCUACAGACAUGAUGAAAUAAACGUGACAGAUUACUACCAGUAUGAAGAAGAAAAUGAAGAUGUGCUUGCCCGAGAGCCCUUCAUUGUGAUGUUUGACUGUCCAAAUACAGUUGUGAAGAAUCUGGUUCUGAUCCCAGUCCACAUUGAUCCAGAUGAUGCUGAAAAUGAGCUGGAAGCUCUGGAUGAUGUGGUUGAAGAUGCAAGGGAAACAUUGAAAACUGAUAACAUCAUGAUUUUGGGCGACUUCAAUGCAGAUGGACGUUACCUGAAUGAUGAAACUAGGGAAGCUCUAAGCAUCAGUUCUGCUCCUUAUUAUUGGCUGAUAGAUGAAGAUGCUGACACCACUACUGGGGCUAAUGACCAUACCUACGACAGGAUCGUGGUGUAUGGAGAUGAGAUGUAUGAUGCUGUUGUUGCUAACUCAGCGAAGCCUUUCAACUUCCAGAAAGCCUACAAAUUAAAGAAGAAAUUGGCUCAAUCCAUCAGUGAUCACUACCCUGUGGAGGUGGAGCUUGAAGAGGAUUAACAUUUGAAAAUGAGCUCAUUGAACCUCCAGCAAGGAAGAAAGGUACCGGAAUAGUCAUAUGAUCUUUCAUUGCAGGUGUAACCAUGAUCAUCUCACACAUAUUGCAGUUUGUUGCUCAUUAUAGAGUUGUGCUCAAGUUAAUAAAGGUUAAAAGCUACAGUCAGCGCGAAUGUCUGGCUGAUCUAUGGAGGGGAAAGGCUUUGAGCAUAGAAGGCCGCACGCGCUUACACAGCACUGAUAUAAUGUUAUUCUUUGUGAUUCUGUAUUCAGUUAUAUCUUUUGUUAUGUUUUACGUAGUGGCAGUUGAUUAAACAAUAUUCAUUUAAUAUUACAUACUUGAUUCAGAGCAUUACACACUGAUCACCUUAAUCAAUUUGGAAAUCCUUGUAGCUGC